UCAACUUCUUCUUCUUCCUCCUUUGCCUUGCUCUAUGAGCACUUCUCCUAUUCUUCAUUUCUUUGCUCUGUUCUUCUCACUGAAGCUUCUUCUUCUUGUAAGAUAAAAUCUAGGAUUCACAGUUCCAACACAACUGAUGAGUGUAAGGAAAAAGUAGAAUAGAGUUUUUUCCUCCAUAUGAUGAGAUUAUUCAAGAUCGACCAUAGAUGCUUCCAUCGGAUCAUUGGAUACCCAAGACCAUUCCACAAUCUGGCUAAUACACAAACCACGGAGAUAGCUAGACCAGGUUUGGUCGAUCCAUGCUCUCACCCAUGGCCCGAGUGGCUUGAUUUGAUGGGUAUGCUAGUGAAAAAAGGUUACUUUGGAGAAAGUGUGAAUAAGGAAUCGAAUCAUAUUCGUACCGCUUGUCUCAAUUUCGCCCGCCAUCGCUUUACUCUCGUGAGAUACUUGUCGAGGAAAGAUAUCAAAGUGAUUGCUGGGUCUGGAUGCCCUAGCAUUGACAGGAAGGUCGUGAACUCAGGGAAGCGUUUAAGAGCUUAUUUGGGCAUUGAUGAAGGAAAUGUGUGUGGCUCUUGCAACUUGAGAGGGAAAUGUGAAAGGGCAUAUGCACAAGCAAGAGAAGAUGAAGGUGCUCGAACUAUAGAUGUCAUGCGUAUACUGCUAACUUACGGGCUUGAUUCCAUUAGCCCUUCUGUGGAGAACCGUGCCUGUCAAACCAAACUUGUUGAAGAUUCUGUGAGGAAGUUGCUGAGAGAAAGUGUAGCAUAUGGCUUAAAAGAUGUUGAAUCUGCUGAGACUGAGACCGGUCAAGAUGAGCUCCAGGAAAAUAUACAGGAUAGUGAUGUGAGAGACCCACGAAAAAGGCCAGGGGAUUGGCAUUGUACAGAGUGCAAGUUUUUAAAUUUUGCAAAAAACAUAAGAUGCUUGCGAUGUGAUAUCUUUUCUGAGGAAAGGCUGAAACAAUUGAAGGAAGAACAGAAAGAUCAUCUCCCACUGAAGAAAGGAGAUUGGAUAUGCCAAACAUGCAAUUUCCUGAACUUUUCAAGAAACACGAGAUGCUUAAGAUGCAAUGACAAGCCUACGUCGCGUCAAAUCAAUCCGGGAGAGUGGGAAUGCGAGUCGUGCAAUUACAUAAACUUUAGAAGGAACUCGAUAUGUUUGAAGUGUGAUCACAAGAGACAAAAGGCUUCAAAUGUCACUCCGGAAUCAAAUGCAGUUGCUGAUCAUCACGACGCAGUUUCAAAGAAGUGGAGUUUUGUAGAAGAAGAAGAAGAACAAGAAAAAGAAGAAGAAGAGGAUGGCUUCAUGGGAUUUCCAGUGGAAGGAGGGAGAAGUAAUGUUUCAAGGAGUGCAGAAAAGAGACAACAAUGGAAGUUGGAGAUGACACAGAAGCUUAGAAACAAUGGGACUGAAGCGAAACAAGAUGAUAAUGAUACGAAAAACGAAACAGAAUCAAGAUGUUAUGAUAGGAGAAGAAAAGAACUUCUUGGUAACGUUAGUGAUGAUGGAGAGAUGGAUGAUUGGUUUGUUCUAAAAGAAGAUAGGUCGACACCUACAAGAUGCUAACGCACGUUUGCGUUUGAUUGGUUUUUCUUGUUGUAAUUCAAAUUCUACAAUAGAGUAAAAUACAUUUUUGCCUCCAACUAUGUUUUGUCUAAUCUGCGUCUUACUGAUUAAUGUUCUGUUUUAUUUAUU